CAGGGGCCGAAGGACUCGAAACGCUCUGAGAGCCUUCAUAUCGAACCCUCCCUUCUGUUCCACCGGAGCCUCCACACCGCUGAUGUUAUUGAUGAAGUCCACCACGAUAGUGAACAACCUGAGAGAGAUCACAACAACGCAACAGUUCCGUAAAUAUGCAUCGGCGUGAAAGAGAAGUCCGUACGCCACGAUCUUCAGGAAACAUUCCGUAGUGAAUAUGAUGAGGAAAAUGUACUCCAGACUCUCCUGCGGACACACAACAUUGAGACGAAUGAAGCUGUCGGCACCAAGACACUCGCGCAGGCAUCGGCAGGAAAACAGCCAGAGCUACACAGUUGGCAAAGAUGGUGAGGAGGAUGAUGAUUUCAAACGGUCUGACACAAAUUUAGGAAAAAUCUGAGCCAAACAAAUAAACUGCUUUACAUGAAACAUCCGGAGGGUUCUUACCUUAGAGAGAUGAAGAUGAGCGGAAGAAGAUCUCUCAGCGUACUGACACACACCUGAGUGAUGUUACAGGUGGCGCUAAAGAUGAGAAAACACAGCAGGAUGUGGGGAGACUUGCAGAAGAUUUGCAUCUAGACUAGAGAGGAGAAAUAAAGGAGUAGAUGUGUGAUGAUGGCGCUGAGAGCCGCUCUGCUGAAGAGUAUCUGGUACGCUUUCACUUCUCUGGACACAGAGGACAGUGGGAAAGUGUCCAAAUCACAACUGAAGGUUCUGUCUCAUAAUCUUCAUAGUGUCUUGAGGAUUCCUCAUGACCACCCGACCCUCGAGAGACACUUCAGUGAUGAUGAUGAUGGUCCAGUGUCCAGUCAGGGAUACAUGCCCUACCUCAAUCAGUUCAUACUGGACAAGGUGGUGGAGGGAACGUUCGUCAAAGAGCAGUUGGAUGAACUCUGCUGGACUCUGUGCUCCAAGAAACACUACCGUCCUGACACGCUCCGAGUUCUGUCCAAUCAGGACGCGCUGCGACUCUGGUGUCUCUUCAACUUCCUGGCGGAGGACCGGUAUCCACUCGUGCUCGUGCUGGAGGAGGUGGAGUAUUUGUUGAGGAAGAUCAGCAGCGUGAUGACAGUGGAGUUGAACUGUGUGGACAUGGAGGAGUUUCUGUCGCAGGACACCGCUCAGAAGGAGGGGUUGAGCGUCUGGAGUUUCCUGCAGGUGGUGAACGCUGCUGGGAGUCGAGGGGUGGACCGGGAGAGCAUCAGUAUGGCUGUGGAGAAGGUCUAUCGAGAGAUGGUGGGGAACGUCCUGAAGGAGGGUUACCUGUGGAAGAAAGGUCAUUUACGCAGGAACUGGACUGAGCGCUGGUUCUGUCUGAAGCCCGGCUCUAUGUCAUACUUCAUGAAUGAAGACGGUAAAGAGUGUAAAGGUGUGAUCGAGAUGGAUCAGAACUGCUGUGUUGAGGUGCUGUCUGAUAGAGAUGGGAAGAGAUGCAUGUUCUGUGUGAAGACCCUUAACAAAUCAUUUGAGAUCAGCGCAUCUGACUCCAGACAGAGACAAGAGUGGAUUACAGCCAUCCAGACAUCUCUGCGUCUGUCUGCGGAGGGUAAGAACUCCCUGCACGAGGAGCUGAGGGGGCGUAGGCAGGAGCUGCGUGAGGAGAGGAACAGGAGGCGGGCGCUGCGGGCGGAGGAGACGCGUAGGCUGCAGGAGUUGCAGGGCGAGCGUGAGGAGCAUUUGGCCGAACUGGAGCAUCUAAAGGAGGCACAGAGACAAGCUCAAGCCUCCUUACAGGAGGAGGAGCAGAGGCGGCGCAGUCAACACGAGGAGCUGCAGAAGACCUUGCAGAGACAGCUGCAAGAUGCACAGGAGGCACGAGCGAAUCUUCGUGCAGAGGUGACUGUACGAGAUCUAGAGGUAGAACAUCAGCGCAGGAGAAUAAAAGAGCUAGAAGAUCUUCAUCACAGACUGCAAGAAGCUUUAGAUCAACAGAUCAGAGCCCGACAGGAGGAGGAGACUUAUAGAUACACACAGACCAGGUUGUUGGCGGAGGAGGAGGAGAAGGUGAAGUCUCUUCUGGCUCUACAGGAGGAACAGGAGGAGCAGCUCCUUCAGACUCAGAGAGAGAAACAGGAGCUCCGACAGGAGAUGGAGAAGAAGACUCACUCUCUCGGAGAGGCUCAGCAUCAGCUGGAGAAAGUCCGGGCGAGUCGACGUCGAGUGGAUCAGGACAUCGCUGACGCUCAGCGUAAACUCAGACAGGCCAGUACAAGCGUCAAACACUGGAACGUUCAGAUGAACCGACUCAUGCACCCCAUCUGCCCUGGAGAGAGGAGAUCUUCCUGCAGUGGUUCUCUUGGCCUUGGUGCCUGUGUGCCUUCAGUCGGUGAGACGGAAUCCAGAACCAGAGAAAUCCACAGACAGAACAGCUUCGACUGCGAGGAGAACAUCACACACGCUGACAACAUGGACUACAACAACACAAAUCCAUCUGAUGAUGGUGAUCAAAAAAACUGACGUCCAGACCAAUAAAGCUGAUGUAUAGAUGAAUAGAUGUGAUGUCAAGAUCAAUCCUGAAUAUAUAAUAGCGAGCGUAAAAAUGUGUGUUAGUUGUGAACGCGAUAAGUGUUGUUGUGUAGCGCGUGGGAGAUUUGAGUGAAACUCUUGCGGUUUAACUUCCUGUUUCCUGUGUCAGCAAAAGAUGCCGUGCUGUGUUUGAACAUGAGCUGCUCUGUAUCGAGCUGUGAAUGUAAAUAAAACUGUACAUGAGUGGAGAAUCACUGCUGUCAGUCUGUGUGUGCUCACACAGUAUAAUCAUGAUAUCAUGAAAUAAAAUAUCACACAACCACA